ACACGAGUAAAUAUCAAAUAAAGUUAACUGGACUGUUCAAUCAUAUAUUUUAUCAUGAUAAUUUUAUGGUAAACUGGAUGCUUUUCAAAUCAAAUCGGUUGAAUGAAUAGUGGUAUAUGACUUAUAUUUAACGAGGCAAUAUAAAAAGUUAUAAACAGUCGUGAUGUACAUGUGUCUUUGCCAAUAACGUUACUAGAGUGUAUGCAAAGGAGCCGAUGUGUAUGAAAUUGACUACUGCAGUUUCCAAUAGUUCUAUAUUACAAGCUAAAUAUGGAUGCAUUUUCUUUACAUUUGUGUUUCCAAGUUGCGGGAAAUCCUAUUGUGGAAAAAGGUCUAUGGAACAAAAUACAAACAAUACCAUGUUCAGUAAUAGACUCGCAGACAACCCCAGUGCUCGUAAAUGUUCCAAAUGGAAAUAAAAUGUUGGUUGCCACAGGCGACGAUGGAAGUCACUGUGUGAUGCACGUGUACAGUCAUGGCCUUGUCACUAUUGAUAUUCAAUAUGACAUCACUUCCGAUGAUGCCAAACAGAAACUGAGCUAUAUUGCCUUCUCGAAAAACAAAGGUAUAGAGUCCGAAAUACAGACUUUACUUGGAAAGAAAUGCCUAUAUACACGAAGCGUUCCGUCCGCGAUAAAGAGAGGAAAGAUUUGUCCAUAUUUCCAACUGGGGGAUGAUAGGCUAUGGGAGGUUUAUCAAACAACGCAGCUUGUGACAGAAGUAAACUCGCCCUGGCAGAAUAUAAAGAUAUACAAAACACCGGAUUGUGGGAACAUGCUCUGUCUUGAUGACGAUAUAAUGAUAGCAGAAUCAGACGAAAUCUACACGUUGACGUUACUUGGCGUCAACAGAAACGUGUAUAAAGGUAAAACUAUUCUAAUCCUAGGAGGUGGAGACGGUGGUCUUCUUCAUGAACUUCUAAAAAUGUCACCACAAUAUGUCCUAAUGGUGGAAAUAUCCUUUGUUUUAUGUGCACACAGACUGUAUAUAGAAGUCAUCAACGCAUGUCGCAAACAUUUACGUGGUGUGUGCGGAGAUUCACUUGACAAUCUAGAUGGUCAUAAUUACAAGAUCCGUAUAGAAAAUUGUGUGAAUGUGCUGAAAGAACUCGCCGAGGAAAAUCAAAAGUUUGAUUACGUCAUCAACGAUUUAUCCGAAUAUCUUAUUGAUACAGAAAAGGGUAAGUACAUGAAAAACUUGGAAACGUUUGCAUGCUCCCUUGGGAAGACGGGUUUUAAUGUUCCGAAAGGGACGGGUUAUAAACAAUAUAUAUUUGUACAUAUAUGUGAUAACAAGAGCUUUCACGCAAGUGACGAAUGCCCUCAAAAAGGUUUCUUAAGCAUGCAGGUAGAUAUUUAUGCCUAG